UCUUUUAUUCAGAGGAAACACGCACCAUGAAAAAGAUGCUAGCUAAAGUAGGGAGGUGUUAUUAUCAAGAGUAAAAAGGAAGAAGAGGCGGACAUCUAGGAGUUCGCACGAGGACAAGUUAAUGUGGUUAGUACUCAUUGAUUUACUUAAUUUGAAGAAGUUUUUUUUGUUUUGAAAGAUUGGAGUUUCAUUGCAAAGGAGGAUGGAAAAAUCCCCUUCAAGAAAACAUCUGCAAAGAACCUGUGAUUUGUGGGUUAUACCUAGGCACAAAAAGAGGUAUAUUCCCCAAAUCUUACUCAUAGUUACCCACAAGAACCUGCUAUACAAAAAUUGGACAACUAUACACCUUUCAUGACUGAUACAUGCACAAUCCUGCUUAUACAAAACACAUCAAGUCAUGACAACAGAAUAAAAUAGAACCCAACCCUUCCUAUCCUUAAAAACCCACAAAAGCUUUAGCAGACAGUCAAGUAGCACAAAAAUCAUCAAUUCAAAACACAACAUCAGCCACCCGGUCACAGAUCGCAAGACAUUCAAUACUUCACUAGCAAGAGCUUUCCUCACCAGUUCCAUAUAUCCGCAGGAGAUCCUGCUGCCUAUUAACCCCUUCUUGAACCAACUUAUCAGCACCUUUUUUUCUGAAAUUUCAUAGUAUUAACUCUCGAAGGAGGCAGAACCACCCCCCUGAGCCGAAGCAAAGCAAGUUAAUCCUGGUCUGUUAUGUUCUGAAGUGAGGAUACACCAUAGGGUCAUCUCAACCGUAACUGUACAUUCGACAAAAGAGUCCACCUUCCUUAAUGGGUUACUGCAGUGUUGGUUAAAAGUUAAAAGUUGAAACUUAUGUAACAGCAAAAGCAAAAAUGGGCUGAAAUUACCCUGUAUGCUGCAUGGACUUGUGCCUAUAUAAAGUCUCCUCUCCAAGCCAGUAACUCAUCGUCCUUCCUCCUCUCAUCUCUCGUGUUGGAGACAUGGAAACAGUCACCAGGAUCUUUAUCGCCACCUUGCUGUUUCUAGCAUUUUUGGCCAUAAGUUCAACAGCUCAAGCGAACAAACAGACAUAUAUAGUCCACUUGGACAGGACCAAGAUCAAGACUGCUUAUCAAUCUCUUGAUAACUCCAGACUAUGGUCCGAAGCAAUGCUCAAUUCUAUAGCUGAUGUUUCAUCUCAAGAAGAAGAUGAAUCAGAAGCAACACCUCCCCAACUUCUUUAUGCCUACGAGACUGUAAUGUUUGGUUUUGCAGCAAGGCUCUCAUCUAGGCAAUUAGAAUUAUUAAGUAAAAUUGACGGUUUUCAUAUGCGACUCUUGAUGAUGAGGUAAUUAGUCCUCCACACGACGCAUACCCCUCAAUUUCUCGGCCUAGAAAAGGGCAAAGGACUCUGGUAUGCUUCAAAUCUAAAGUCCGAUAUGAUAAUUGGUGUGGUGGAUACUGGAAUCUGGCCAGAGCACCCCAGCUUCCAAGACCAUGGUUUGUCUGCUAUACCUUCGAGAUGGAAAGGUGCUUGCAUGAAAGGCACAAAGUUCUCCUCAUCAAAUUGCAACCGGAAACUCAUUGGCGCUAAAUUCUUCUUCAAAGGCUACGAGGCCGCUGUUGGAAAAAUCAAUGAAACAGAAGAUUUCAAAUCUGCAAGAGAUUCAAAUGGUCAUGGAACGCACACUGCAUCAACAGCAGCUGGUAGUAUUGUUGAAAAUGCAAGCCUUUUUGGCUUAGCCAAUGGCUCAGCAGCAGGUAUGAGGUAUACCUCCAGAAUUGCAGUUUAUAAAGCAUGUUGGCGAACUUGCAUUAUGCCUGAUGUUCUAGCGGCUAUGGAGCAAGCCAUUUUGGAUGGCGUUGACGUGUUGUCAGUCUCUCUUGGUGCAGCAGCUCAGCCUUACUACGGAGAUUAUAUGGCUCUAGCAUCAUUUGGGGCGAUUGCAAAUGGGGUAUUUGUUUCUUGUAGUGCAGGCAAUGAGGGCCCGUUUAAAUUCACUGUUAAGAAUGCUGCUCCAUGGAUAAUGACGGUUGGUGCAAGCUCCGUUGAUCGAAGCUUUCCAACAAUUGUCAAGCUUGGAAACGGACAAACGUUUGAAGGGUCAUCUUUAUAUGUUGGCAAGGGAACAGAGAAAUUGCCCCUAGUGUACGGGAAAACUGCUGGAGGCCAAGGAGCAGAGUAUUGCUUUGCUGGCUCUCUCAAUCGAAAGCUUGUCCAAGGAAAAAUGGUUGUCUGUCAGCGUGGAAAGAAUACCCGGGCAGGGAAGGGAGAGGUGGUGAAAAUGGCAGGAGGAGCUGGCAUGUUACUAAUCAACACUGAACGUGAAGGUGAAGAACUUCUAGCUGACUCUCACGUUUUGCCAGCCACUUCAUUAGGAGCUUCAGCCAGUAAUGCUCUCAAAAAGUAUAUGAACUCGACUAAAUCACCAACAGCUUCGAUUGUUUUCAAAGGGACAACUUAUGGUAAUCGUGCACCCAUAGUAGCUGCGAUUUCAUCAAGAGGGCCAAAUUUAGUUGGACUAGAUGUGAUCAAGCCAGAUGUGACAGCACCAGGAGUAAACAUACUGGCAGCAUGGCCAGCUAUAACUAGCCCAAAUGAGCUCAAAAGCGACAAGAGAAGAGUUUUGUUUAAUAUAAUUACCGGUACUUCAAUGUCUUGUCCUCAUGUCAGUGGCAUAGCUGCACUGCUCAAAUCCAGGCACAAAGAUUGGUCACCAGCAGCAAUCAAAUCAGCUCUAAUGACAACAGCACAUGUCACAGACAACAAGGGGAGUCCAAUUCUGGAUAUAGCUUUCGGUAGCUCUGCUACACCUUUUGCAUUUGGCUCAGGUCAUGUUGACCCCGAGAGAGCUUCUGAUCCAGGGUUAAUCUAUGACAUCAGUCCAAUGGAUUACAUAUAUUACUUAUGCAGCCUCAAGUAUACCGCUUCCCAAAUAUCUCUCUUCGUGGAUAAUUUUACUUGUCCUAAACAUGCAAUUAUGCUGCCUGGCGACCUGAUUUAUCCUUCAUUUGCAGUUAUCAAGAGCAGAGCUGCCGAAAAUGUUACCUACAAACGGACUGUCACAAAUGUUGGCACUCCUAAAAGUACUUACAAAGUGCUUGUGGAAGAACCUGAAGGAGUAUCGGUGAUUGUGAAGCCCAAGAUUUUAACAUUUAAAAUGCUGGGUGAGAAAUUGAGUUACAAGGUGACUUUUAUAGGAUUGAAAAGAACAAAACGAGUAGCAGCCUCAUCUUUCGGAUCCCUGCUGUGGGUUUCUGGAAAAUACAGAGUUAGAAGUCCAAUAGCAGCAAGUUGGAUGUAGCUGCUUUGAAUCAGGUUAAGAUGGUAGAAUUAUGUAUGCAUUGCCUCCAUUCCCCGCCCCAAUUCUAAAAAAUUGUCAUGUUUCUUUUUUUUUUUUUGUUACAGAUUAAUACAUAUUUGGUUUCAACUA